AUGUUCGAACGCUCGCUCUCGGCCCUCAUCAAGGGUCUUCGGUCACAUCGCGGCAAGGAUGAGCCCAAGUAUGUCGCCCAGGUACUGGACGAGAUCCGCCACGAAGUGCGCUCCGGCGACCUCGAGGUCAAAGCCGAAGCCGUGCUCAAGCUCACGUACCUCCAGAUGCUCGGGUACCCGUUUUCGGGUGCAAACUUCCACAUGCUCGAAACUAUGGCUUCCGCAAAGUACCACCACAAACACGUCGGAUACCUCGCUGCUGCUCAGUGCUUCUCUGCGGAUACAGAAGUGCUGAUCUUGGCCACCAACAUGAUCAAGAAGGACUUGCAGUCGAGUCAGCCGCUUGAUGUAGCUAUUGCGCUCAACGGGUUAGCUCACAUUGCCACGCCGGAUCUGGCAAGGCAUUUGGGGCCAGAUGUGAUUCGGCUGCUGACGCACAGCAGACCUAUGAUUAGGAAAAAGGCGCUGCUCGUACUGUAUGCGCUCAUUAUCAAGUCGCCCGAUUUGCUCGAAACCAGCUGGGACCGACUCAGGGACAAACUCGACGAUUCGGACUUGGGCGUGGUAUCGGCUGCAGUCAACAUCAUCUGCGAGCUCGCCAGGAGAGACCCAAGGCCCUUCUUGCCAUUGUCACCGCAAUUGUUCCGUCUGCUAACCACCUCGACCAACAACUGGAUGCUCAUCAAGAUCAUCAAGCUCUUUGGCUCGCUCACUCCACUCGAACCACGCCUGGUCAAGAAACUCGUGCCGCCAAUAACCACCAUCAUCUCCACCACCCCGGCUAUGAGUCUUCUGUACGAGUGCAUUCACACUAUCAUCAUCGGCGGUAUGCUCACUCAGCCCGGCGGCGAUGAUCUGGCGCACACGUGUGUCGAGAAGCUCGCAGCUUUCUUGACAGAUUCCGAUCAGAACCUCAAGUACAUUGCGCUGCUGGCCUUAGUCAAGAUCUUGCCCAGUCACCCACACUUGGUUGCGCAGUAUCAGGAGGUGAUCUUCGAGUCGAUCGAGGACCCUGAUCUGUCGAUUCGGUUGCGAGCGCUCGAGCUCGUUUCGGGCAUGGCGGUGAGCAGGAAUCUGGAGAGCAUUGUUUCGCAGCUGCUGUCGCACCUGGAACCGCCUUCAUCUUCGUCUAAAAGCGCAAACGGUGGCUUAGAUGGUGUCGGCGCAGCUGCUGCGGCGUUGAAAGCGAGUCUGGCCAGUGGCGGCGGCGGAGAUGCGGACCCAUCGUCGAGCUCGCUAGCCGCCAUCACUUCAGCCAACAACCCGACACUGUCGCCUUCGUACAGACUCGAGAUCGUGGAGAGGAUUCUGGCGCUUGGCAGUUUCGAUACGUAUGCCAAUGUCGUCGAUUUCUCGUGGUACCUCGACACGCUUCUUCACCUCGCCAUGGUGUCCAAUCUGCCAGAUGGCAACAGCAUCGGGUCGAAGAUUCGCGAUCAGCUCAUCGACAUCACGGCGAGGGUGCGGGCGAUCCGGCCGCACGCCGCACGCGCCAUGAUCUCGUUGCUCAGCGAUGGACGGCUUGUGCCUCCGUACGACUGGACGACUGCUUCGGAUACGACUCUCACCGUCCCCACCAAGCCGACCACAGGCGCAGCAAGCAGCGGCGACGACUCGCGAGAAGCACGCAAGGCGCUGCAUGCAGCAGCGUGGAUCCUCGGCGAGUACGCGUACGAGCUGUCCAACCCAGCCCACGUGAUCCCGCUGCUACUCAAACCGGCGCUCUACGAUGCCACUUCAUGCGAUGCGUCUACGUCGGCAGCGUGCGUACACGCCGCGGUCAAGCUGUACGCAUUCUGGGCCUCGGCUGUCUCGACGCGCUGGAGUGCGGAUGGGCGCAAGCCGCAGGUGGAGUUUGAGGACAUGGUCGGCGUGACGCGCGCAGUAGCGGCGAGGUUGGACGCGAUGCAAGGUGUGACAUCGGACGCAGAGGUGCAGGAGAGGACGGUAGAGUACCGGCAGCUGUUCAGGCUGAUCGAGCGGGAUCUGGAGGCUAGUGUUGGCGGCAAGGACGGGCAUGACGAGACGACCCCGCCACGAAGCUUGGAUCUACUAGCGCCGCUGUUCUUCAACCACGUGCUGGGACCGUUGGGUGCCAACGCGCAGUCCCGCGUUCCCGAGCCGCUGGAUCUCGACCUGCAUGCGUGGAUCAUCCAACCGGACAGCUAUGUCGUUCUGGACGCCAUUGAUCUCUCGUCUCAGCUUAUCGACGACGAUGCGUCUCCAUACCACCCCGCCACUCCGGCAGCAGCAGCAGCACCAGCACCGGCGAUCACGGCGAAGGAGAGCAAAUCACAACGACAGGCGAGACUGGAACAGCAGCGCAUGGAUCCGUUCUACAUUGUGGAUUCUGGCGCGCCCGCAAAGCAGCAGCAGAGAGUGGAAGCGGAGGAGGAUGACGUGGAUCAAAUCCCCAUUGUUCGGCUCGAUGGGCUGUUUGCGACGGAAACGGACAAGGUGAAGGAGAAGGACGCGCCGGUGUUGGAGCAGGAAGAGAUGCCCGAGCCGCUGGUGCGCAAGAGCAAGAAGAAGGGGAUGAACAAGGAGGCGCAAGAGGCGAGGGGCGAAGAAGGCGAGGUGGCGGCAAAGGUUGUUCGAGUGACCAAGAAGAAGAAGGCGGCGAGAAGCGCGGGGUCGAACGUUGUCAUUGAUUAG